AUGAAGGCUGAUGGCCAUACCGUGGCCUCUUUCGACGUGCUGUACGGGGAUCCCAAGCCCAUGAAACAAGAUGUUAUGAAUUUACUUACACCAAGUGGAUUCGCGUUGGCCGCUUUGGCAAUCCUCAACUGCAAAAUGGAUGGCUUUGUCAGCUUCCUUGGUCUUCUUUGCAGCAGCUAUGUCACUGUGAAUGCCGGCACACAUGGGCGGACACCUUUCCAUCCUCUGGGAAACUCACACUACCCCAGCGUGCAGUUGUCAAAUGCCCUUACUUCUCGGACCUGCCUCUUGAUCUAUUUGAUCACUGCGAUGGGCGGCGUAUGGAUUCUCGAGCAACCCAGAAGCUCCUUAGUGAGUUGGCAUCCACGGAUCAGGCUUUUAUGGAAAUCCAUCCCGAAGGUAUGGCAGGCGGCGUGGUGGGCCGCUCACUACCGAGCACCCACCCCCCAAAAGACAUAUCUGCUGGGCAAACAGCCCAGCAAUUGUACACUUCGACAUGGGCACUCUAUCCCGAGUUCUUCAGAAGGAGUUGGCCAAGAAGAACAACCACGCAAAACCAACGGAGACGUACUCAUCUGGUGGGAAGAAAAGGUUCAAAGGAACUAA